UUCUUGCUGAAUUUAAUAAAACAGGAGAGUUUAAAUUAUCAAAACAAGGCCAGUGGCCUCCUCAGAAAUUUUCAGCUUAUUAUACAAAUACUAUAUAUGAUAUUAUCUCUUCUGCAAACAAAAGUGGCCUUCAACUUACCUUACAAAUGAUAGUUUUCGAAUUAUCAGAGUUAAACUUUUUUAUUUCAAAAGUACAACUUUCACAUGAUUUAAAAAAUCUUGGUUAUUAUUAUGGAAAAGGUGAGUGGCAAAAUAUACUACAUAAGUUUCCUCAAAAUAUAGCUUAUAGAACAUAUUAUCUUCAUAAACGAUUUGAAAAUUUUCAUAAUAAAAAUGAUAUACCAGAUCUUCUAAAGGUUUUUCUUGAUGAGUCCUAUUGUAAUAUGCAAUAUAAUCGGAGUUUAACCUGGCUUCCAAAAGAUGGUGUGGUUUGUGAAAAAGAAAAGGGACUAAUGCUUGUUAUUUUUGGUGUAAUUAUUGUUUUUCAAAAUGGAGUAGAUAAUCAAAUAAAAG